AUGCCACCAUUCUACCCCUAUAUCCCCAGCGCCGUCGCGCCCACACCAACCCACAACCGCAGCUGCGCGCCUUCUGUGCCUUCCUUCUCUUUGCUUACGCCAACGGUAAUAUCGCCAGUAGACUCCGCCCCAACAUCCUUCUCGACAUUGGUGUCCUCACACACUAUUAAGGACAUUUUACGCCGAAUCUCCGCGGCAGAUAUCCCUGCUCGACCUACCUCAACACUUGGUUUGGCUAUGAAAGCAGAAGCCACUGAAUCUAGUGGUGACGGUAUAUGGACUGGUGCUACUAUCGGUAUUAUCAUUGCUGGAAUCGUCUUAAUUUUCGGUAUCGCUUUCGUUGUGGUGAAGAUGCUUCGUUAUUGA